AAUGCAAGAGUUAAAUGGUAUGUCGAUGGCAAAGAUUACUUCUUUGCUGUGUCACAGGCUUUAUUGGCUGCAAAAUCAGAAAUUUAUAUUGAAGACUGGUGGCUAUCGCCUGAAUUGUAUCUUCGCAGGCCACCUUCUGAAAAUGAAGAGUUUCGACUAGAUAGAUUAUUAAAAAAGAAGGCCGAAGAAGGCGUGAUGAUUUACAUUAUUGUAUAUAAAGAAGUUACUGUUGCUUUACCUUUGGAUUCUCAUCAUACCAAAUUUUACCUUCAGGGUUUGCAUAAAAAUAUUAAAGUACAAAGGCAUCCUGAUCAUGGUAUUGAAGGAGUAAUAUUCUGGGCGCAUCAUGAGAAAAUGGUGGUAGUUGACAGUCGUAUAGCAUUUAUUGGUGGUUUAGAUUUAUGUUUUGGACGUUAUGAUACUCAUUCUCAUGAGCUAUCUGACUGGCCUCAAAAUAUGGAUGGCCCAACUAUAUGGCCCGGUCUAGAUUAUUCAAAUCCAAGAAUAAAAGAUUUCCAAAAUGUUAAGGAGCAUGAGAAUGAAAUAGUUGAUAAAUCUCGUUAUCCACGUAUGCCUUGGCAUGAUGUCGGUCAACCAGCUCGUGACGUUGCUCGACAUUUUGUUCAAAGAUGGAAUUUCAUAAAAGAAGAAAAAUCAUUUGAACGUGAAACCUUGCCAUUUUUGUUACCGAAGGGUGAAUAUGUUAGCACUCGUGAUGAAUCCAGAUUCAAGGGAACAUGUGAGGUUCAACUUUUACGUAGUAGUGCAAUAUGGAGUAGUGGAAUUAAAGUUGAA